UACUCGAUAGUACUAUCGAUGGUUUUUCAGUUCUGGUUAUGUUAUAGUUGUCAUUUUGGUUACAUCACAGUCAAAAUCUGGAAAGUUGUCAAUAUGCCCUUUAGAAACUGGUUUUCGGUGCCCAUCGUUAAAGCCGAUGACGAAGAGGAGUUAGUUGAUCCUCAAACUGCACUUAGGGAAAAAUGCCAUGCUAAGUCACAUAUUGAGUCAUUGUACAACAAAUACCAGGAGUGCAAUGAUCGUGUAAAUGGACGUUCCAAAACAACUGAGACGUGCGUCGAAGAAUUAUUUGACUAUGUUGCUGAAUUAGAUCAUUGUGUUGCGCACAGUCUUUUCUCAAAACUAAAAUAGUUUAAAAUGAAAGCGAGAAAUAUAACCAAAUAUUAGCACCGUUCAAAUAUUA